AUGUCUACAGCUAAUUUGCAGCCAAAUACUCAAUUCAACACAAGCAAAGACGUCCCAUACUUGAAAACCAGCUUGAUUGAAGUUACCAAUCGUUUACCCAGUAAGCCUCCAUGCCGUAUUUUCUUCAAAAAUGAAACAGAGCAACCUUCAGGAAGUUUCAAAUUGCGAGGAAUCGGGUACUUGGUCAAACAAUCAAUUGAUAAGGCAAAAGGCGAAGGUGUGUCGCUCAAUGAUAUCCAUGUUUUUGCCUCAAGUGGUGGCAAUGCAGGUUUAGCUGCUGCUUACCUGGCCCAAUUCUACAACGUCAAAUGUACAGUUGUUAUCCCCACCAUUGCAAAGCCAAUUAUACAACAAAAGUUGAAGGAAUAUGGAGCCCGAGUGAUUUUGUUUGGUAACUCAAUCUAUGAAGCAGACAACUACUUGAAAUCUCUUAUUGAGUCGGCUCCUGAUGGGAUCCACCAUAUUUAUUGUCAUCCAUUCAACAACCCGGAAAUAUGGACUGGCCAUUCGACCUUGGUGGAUGAAGUGAAUCAGCAACUUGGAUCAAAUAGAAAGAAGCUUGCAGGCAUGGUGUGCUCAUUUGGCGGAGGUGGAUUAUACAAUGGCAUUUAUCAAGGUAUGGUUAAUAACAACUUACAAGGAGAUAUCCUAUUGAUUGAGACAGCUCAAGCACCAACACUCAGUGAGACAAUCAAAGCAAAAAGUCUCAUCACAUUGAAGGAUGUAAACUCGUUGGCCACUUCACUUGCUUGUUCAUACACCACUCAGCAAUCCUUAGACUACUAUCACGACAAGAAGUCAGGAAUAGACUCGUAUUUGGAUGUCAUCGAUGACCUCGAUGCUCUCCGAGCUUGUGUCGCUUACAAGCAAUGCUGUGGUGCAACUGUCGAGCCAGCGUGUGGAGCUGCGUUAUCCGUUUGUUACAAUAGAUUGGACUUGUUGUACAAAAGUCUUUCGCAUUUGAAGGAGGAUGAUAUUUUGGUGAUUGUUGUUUGUGGGGGUUCGUGCACUACUGAUCCUGAUUUGAAGCAGUACGAGAUGGUUAUCAAGAAGGCAGAGACUAGGCUUUAA